UCGCUCACCCAUCCACCGAUCCUUGUAUCUGUCGUUGAGAUGCACACGAGUGGAAAUAGUUCUCAUUGAUUCGUUGCCGUGCACGACCAAGCCCGCGGAGUGUGCGAGAUCUGUGAUGUCAUUGUCAAAUUCGCAACCAAGAUAGGUGCGCUGAUCUCCAAGACUAUCUGAUACGCGCACCGACUUUGCGAUUCAUGUGUGCAUCGCCAUGUCUGACCCUUUCCUUUGUUUACACCUGCGUCUUCAUGCAGAAGUUCAAUUGAUGUAGUCUCGCAGCGUACCCACCUUUUGUUCGUACUAUCCAACUCGCCAACCUCGGACUUCUCCGCCGACCGUUGUUUCACCAGAACUUACACCGCGCUACGGCAUGGCGACUACUACAAACGUGAAGCGUAAAAUACACGAAGCAACCGACAAGACAAAAACAAAAGCACAAGCAGCGAUCGAAUUCGCAAAGCAGGCCGAACGCCUUGGGCAGUAUGCACCAGACCAGGAGACCGAUGCAACUGGCUCGACCCAGGCCGUUGAGGCACGGUUCGUCACUGCGCAAGAUCCCGUGAUCCAGACAGCGGGCGGUGACCGACUCCCAGCUGUACCCAUUGAGGAAGCCAGGAAACUCAACAGCCUUAGAGAUGUCCUGGAGGACCGCGAUCCGUCUGAGAACGAGCCUGUGGCAGGAGAGUCACGCGAGUCAAGAGAUGGGACCAUUCAUGGAGUGCGACCUCAAAAGGACGACACGGAGGGGCAGCGGGAAGGAACAGAUGCCCCCCUCGGUGAAAGCAAAGCUCCAUCAAACACAAAUCCUAUGUUCCCGCCUGUACCUGUGUAUGGUCCCCCAAGCACGCUAAGGAAACUCCACUGCAUCCUGUUGCGGAUCUCGUCCGCAGUCCUGUCCCUCCAAUUCCUGCUAGUCAUCAUACUUGGCGCAGCCGUCACUUCGAUACCAACCGCUGCAGUACACGUCUGGAUUCGCUUAAAAGGACAGAACCCAGAUCGGCGUCGACCGUUCUUCGAAGAAGAGGAGAGACGGAAGAAGGCACGGAGAGCGGCAGAGGUAGCGUGGAAGAAGCAGCACAACGUGGAAUCAGAGAAACUCGGAGACGACAACGAGGAGGGCAAAGAGGGGGAUGAGUUCGUGCCCUUGGAAGGCGGCUCUGAUGAGCUGAAGUGCGACGUCCGUUACUACGCACGCCGGGUAGGGCUGGACUGCGAAGUGUUUGAGGUCCAGACCGAGGACGGCUUCAUCAUCGAUCUCUGGCACCUCUACAAUCCACGCGAUUACGACCGCACAGAUGACUCCGACAGAGCACCACGCGCGCCAGAUGUCUUCAGGAGAACAACUUCGUGUAAUGGAGUUCCAGGAUUGCAGUACCCGUCGGGUGAAAAGAAAUAUCCUGUCCUCAUGAUCCAUGGACUUUUGCAAUCAGCCGGUGCCUACUGCACCAAUGACGAUGAUAGUCUUGCCUUCUAUCUGGCAAAGAGUGGGUACGAUGUCUGGCUGGGUAACAACCGCUGCGGCUUCAACCCUCGCCACAAGCUGCUCGACUACGGCGACCCACGAAUGUGGGCUUGGAACAUUCGACAAAUGGGCGUUAUGGAUCUUCCAGCGCUCAUCUCGCGAGUCCUCUCCGAGACCGGCUUCGAAAAGCUAGGUCUCAUCGCUCACAGUCAGGGCACCACACAGACUCUUGUCGCUCUCGCCAAGGAGCAGCGUCCCGAGAUUGGCGACAAGAUCUCGGUAUUCUGUGCUCUUGCGCCAGCAGCGUACGCCGGCCCACUGAUCCAGAAAGCCUACUUCAAGUUCAUGCAAGUCAUCUCGCCCUCCAUGUUCCGCAUCGUAUUCGGAAUCCACGCAUUCAUCCCCUUCAUGAUGACGAUGCACUCUCUGCUUCCCGGCAAGCUAUACGGAGCCAUGGGCUACCGCGUGUUUUCCUUCCUCUUCAACUGGACCGACGAACGCUGGGACCGCGGUCUCCGAGACCGCCUUUUCCAGUUCUCGCCCGUCUAUGUCAGCGCAGAGAGUAUGCGGUGGUGGCUCGGCCGCGAGUGUUUCGCGAAGCACAAGUGCAUCCUGUCUACCCGCGAAGAGAAAACAAUCGAAGAGGAGGAGGACGAGGACGAGGACAGAUCCCGGUCCCGUUCACGCCCGCGACGCGACUCCGAUGAAGAGACUUCAGACGACGCGCACGUGGGCACCACCGCGCUGAACGGCCAACAACCCAACUCGCACACACGCGACAGCAGCCGCGCCCGCUUCGCCUGGUACGGUCCGCACACGCCCCCCUUCGCGCUGUGGGUCUGUGGCGCCGACGAGCUCGUCGACGGCCGCCGCCUCCUGCGCCGCUUCGAGCGCAACCGCGAGCCGUUCGUUGACGUCGUACACUCCAAAGUCAUCGAGGGCUACGAGCAUCUCGACGUCAUCUGGGCCAUGGACGCGAUCGAGAAAGUGGGCAAAGAGGUGCGAGCGGUGCUGUGGAAGACGGCGCCAGAGGAAGCGAGGAGAGUGUGCCGUACGCCGAGAGGAUGUGAGGAUGUUGGAGAGUUUUAUCGGCGUAGCGAGGGGCGCAGAGAGGGGGCGGCGAGGGAGGUAGAUGCUACGGCGGGAGAGUGGAGUCAGAGGGGUGCGGAGCAGGUCAAGGGCUCGGAGCAGAUUGGGGGCGGUGAGGGGAAGGGAUAUGAGGGGUUGGAGGCUGAGAAAGAGGUGUCUGCGAGCAAUGAACGGGAGUAAUCUUGUGGUUUUUAGGAAUGGGUUUGGUUGGGCGUUUCUGAGCAUACACCGUAUACCCGUACAUUUUUUCGUCAAGACUAUACUUCACCAGGCACAUACAAAUAGCCACAUAUUAAGUGCAAAGCAGGCACUAAAGAAUCAUGAUCUCGCGAUAUUUUUUCAUCAGAUGAUCAGAGUGUACACGCUUAGACGGAGUGAUUCAGUAGUUCUGCAGCUUACUGGAUUUGUUUCGAUAAGAAUAGACUAAAUCUUACA